GUCAAGUAGUUGCUGCUUGGUAUCAUCGCCAGUCUAGCAGCGCAACAAGCCUGUCCCCCUGACACGGUGAGUGUACUGUUGUGUACACAGAAAAUGCCAGGAAAGUGACGCGAGAGGACGGCGGGACUGUUCCGUGAAGGCUUUUUCUGACCGAAAAACCCGAGUCUCCUUCGCUGUAUCCACAGAACUAGAAGCCAAACCCAGAAGAGGACUGAUGUUGGAUAUGGGUUAAACAGUGUGGAAGACCUCACUCAAAGCUAUCCAUCAAAGAUCAACUGAAACAGUGUUUGCUCCAAGGCCUCAUGGAGCUGGGGACUCAACGGCUGCUGUACACCAGGGAGCUUGAUCCAUGCCCGGUUCCCAGCAAACAACCAUAAAGGGUGGGAACCUUGAUUGCGCCUUUGGUUCCUUUUCCCCAUCCCUGCCCCUAAAUUGCCCCUGUGGUGAUAUUGUCCUCUCCCGCCUGUGGCCUGCAAAAUGAUUGGCAAGCUGAAACAGAACUUGCUGGUGGCGUGUCUGGUUAUCAGCUCGGUCACGGUCUUCUACCUGGGCCGCCAUGCCAUGGAGUGCCACCAUCGCAUCGAAGAGCACAGCCAGUUGGGCGGGAUGCUGCCUCUAUCGGCCCUGGGAGGCAGCAUGCGCACCACCUUACGGACCGGCCAGAAUCUUAGCACACCUUUUGUUUACAACAAAGACAUGCCACUCAUCUUCAUCGGUGGGGUGCCCCGCAGUGGGACCACGCUAAUGCGAGCCAUGCUGGACGCCCACCCCGAAGUGCGCUGUGGCGAAGAAACCCGCGUAAUCCCUCGUAUCCUGGCCAUGAAGCAGAUGUGGAGCCGCUCGGGCAGGGAGAAGAUGCGCCUGGACGAGGCCGGUGUGACGGAUGAGGUGCUGGACGCUGCCAUGCAGGCCUUCCUGCUGGAAAUAAUUGUCAAACAUGGGGAGCCCGCCAACUUUCUCUGCAACAAGGACCCUUUUGCUUUGAAGUCGCUCUCCUACCUGGCCAAGAUCUUUCCCCGUGCCAAGUUUAUACUCAUGAUUCGUGACGGCCGGGCUUCAGUCCACUCAAUGAUCUCAAGGAAGGUAACAAUCGCCGGCUUUGACCUAGGCAGCUACCGGGACUGCUUGACCAAGUGGAACCGGGCCAUAGAGACCAUGUACACUCAGUGUCUGGAGGCAGCGGACAAAUGCCUGCCUGUGCACUACGAACAGUUGGUCCUUCAUCCUGAGAAAUGGAUGAAGACACUGCUAAAGUUCCUUGACGUUCCUUGGAAUGAUGCUGUCCUCCACCAUGAGGAGCUCAUUGGGAAAGCUGGAGGAGUGUCCCUCUCCAAUGUUUUGGUUUUAGGGACUUCAGAAGUUGGCCUCUGGAAGUCUUUGAGGAAAUGCUAAAGAGUUGCAACCUCAUUCCUUGCCCCCACCCCCACCAUCUGCUACCACCCUCAUCCUGCCACGUAGCACCAGAACACGCAUAUCCUUUUGGAGGUUCCAGACUAAUUUUUCUAUUGCUAGCAACUUUCUCAACUGGUUGCAAAAGCAUGUACUUGUAUAACCAUUUAUAAGUGGUGGACUGUAACAUUUACUCAAGUACUACUGUAAGACAAUGUUGAUGCUACUCUCUACUCUACUACAUUUCAGAGAGAAAUGGUGUACUUUUUACUUCACUGAAACGUAUAAAUAAUACAAAGACGGCAGAUGCUAAAACAAUACAUGUAUAACAUAAACCUGUAAAAAUAAUAAUAAUACAUUAAAAAACAUGUGGUAAAUGUAUAUCUGAGCACCACCACUUUCCGCGUCCAUGGUAUGUUCAUAAUUAAUAAAUAUAAUACCUACAUGUAAUACCUAGAUACAAAAUCUGAUUUGAACUACAAUGGGUUUACUCGAUACUUUUAUAUGUCAUGCUUUCGUGUGCUAUAAUUCUUAUGGCAUUCGCGACAAAACUUUCCACCUCCUGCACAAUACAAUGCGUGUCCCCUUUGGAGUAAAGCGCUGAGAAUCCUGCAGCUACAACCACGUUCAGACUGUUUCAUGACUACUUGUCAGUUAAUGAUGCUGGCAACAGAUAUUCCCUUUUUGUUUAGUCUCUAAUGAAUCUACACGACUUCUGUGAACAUAGUUCACUCUUAUCACCAGUCAUCCUUUGCUUAAUCAGAGAAACAUUUAAACGAUUAGAAUUGAUUUGUCCAUUGUGCUAAUGGUUUAAACAAUAGGGCACCCGGCCCAUAGAGUGGCAUAUUGACUCUUUCCAGCCCAUCUUAAAUUAGAUCAUUGUUAUGUUGCAGUUCUUUGCUUGUGUUGCACCGUUCUACUUUUAUACCAGCCUAUACAUUGUGGGCAUUUUGCUGAAUAUGCAAGUUACAUUUUAGAGUGUGUGAAUCAGGGAUGGGUAUAGCCUAAAAUUCAUAUUGCUGUAUAAUUUUGACGCAAAGAUGGUAACGACAGAUUUCAAGGUAUAUUAGUUUUUCCCAAAAAAAUUAAUACAAAUGCUUUUGAAGGGGCACAGCAUUGGCAUGGCAACUUCAAGUCAACGCAACCUGUGUUCAUAGGAGCUAACGAGCUCAUAACACAAGCCAGUCACUGAGUACUGGGAAAGGAUUAUAAUAUGAUGAGUAUCUGAUUCAGGUAUUUGUUCCAAAUGUUUUCCAGGUUCCAAUACUCCACGGCUUAUUUUGGACUUGCAGUUGUGACAAAUGUUGAGCUCUUUUGUCUUCAGAGUUUUAUGAUCCAUUGCACCACGACUUCUGUCCCUGGAACGUGAAUAUAUCUGUGUUUACCUGUGCAUUCUCACGGCUAGGUUGGCAAAAUGCCCAGGUCAGCAAAACUGCCAAGCUAACCCUCCUAUCCUCAGCAGAGAUCCGUGAACACAACAUCCAGUUUCUCCUCUUCAGCCCUCACUGACCAGUGGUUCUGCCACUUGAAAUGACAAACGUCACUGGCAACAGGUCGUAUCAGUUGUCACUAAUUCAUGUUUGAAUCUGAAGUGACUCUGUUAGCCGGUAUCUUUCCUCAGCUAAAGAUCUGUUGAGGGGCAAGAAGCUCCACUCUGUAACACCAGGGUUUUGUGUUUCUCACAACUCCAAUAGAGUGAGGAGUCUUUUCUCUAGCUCAAAGUCAAUUUCAAGAAUUACAUCCUCCAGUUCUUUUCAAUAAAUUUUCAUAUUGAUAAUUUAAUUUGUCAGCUGGGAUCGGCUCCAGUGCCCCACAACCCUAAAACGGUUUGGCUAAUGGAAUGGAAUCAAACUUCAUAGUUUUGAACCACAAUCCAGUAUUUAGAUCAGGUUGCUUAUGAAAAACCAGGUGACAGCUCUUAUUUCAACAUGUGGGAUACAUAUUCAACGACCCUUUUAGGUAAACGCACUAUAAGCAUCAGAACAAUCAGGCUUUAUCAGGCCCAAAAUAACUCCAAUCGGCACAAUAAGCUUAAUGGCAACAAUCAAUUUUGUUGUUGUAAAAAAAAUUAUAUUACAUUGAUAUAAAAAUGUUAACCGACCAUGAAGAAAAAUGAACAUCUAUAUUUAAUAAGUAUCUAUACUUAUUUUGUAACCAAGAUAAAUCCUGUGAGCCAAGCUGAAAGAGUCAGUGUCAGGUGUAUUGUGGUUCAAGCCGAGAGCCCAGGGAGGCUACAGAGUGCUCUUCAGCCACGCUGGAACACUUGACCGCUACAACUCAAUGGCAAGGACUCUUUAACCUUUUUCCAUGCACAACCAUAGAACGCUACACCACUUGACGGAGAAAAACAAACAAGGCCAGACUGAAAAACACAGAGCGAGCGUGCUCUUUGGGAUGCAGAUGUGUGGUCAUUUAGUGCACACGUCACCCCUCCACAAAUUGAAUUUGAUGAAAUAUUAAUAAACUGGGACCUUAACCAGAGCGCUCUGUGUUUAGCUGCAGAUGGGCGUGGAGACACUGCUUCGUCUUGCAUGUCUACAUCGAACUACGCGGUUGACGACCACAGUCGGGGACGGAGUCCAAGAUGCUCUCUGAUACACCAUUGACUUCCAGGCCCAAACCAAUUCACAUUGUGGUUGCCAGCCACAAUGCUGGACACAUGUAGCCACUCGAGCACACACCAGCACUGUCCAGCUGUGUUAAUCUUCUGAUUGGACUUUACAUAGACCGAUACAAUACCCUAACAAUGACUUUGAAAACAUUAAUUUCCAUCAGAGAUUUCUAACUUUCUGACUCCCAAAUUUGAUUAAUAACGUUGCUAAUUAUGCUUUGCUGACAUUUUAACAUUCUACAUUGAGUUUUCCUGAUCAAAUGGAAGGUAGUUUGCAGUAAAAGCGAGGGUUAAUAAUUAACCAGUGAAAUUAUAUUUCAGGGCUAAAUCCCUUCAGCGGUCUGGAUACAGUAACUUAGCAUGGUCUGAACGCAGGUCUCGAGAAGGUGUAGCAUUUAUUCACUGGCUAUGGCGUUACUGCGUACUCAUCACAAACAGGCUCUCUCUCUCGACCAGACACUCGCUGAUGUUACAUCAGGCUUUUACGACACUGGCAGACUCAUGCGGUGGAGACUUACGAGAGCAGGGGCUGCGAAGUCUCUUGGACCUUUUUUUGAAGUGGGACCUCCUGUUUUGUGCAUACACAGCAGCUGGUGAUAAAAUCCUAAUUCAACUUGUUAAUUUAAUUGUUGCAAUUGGGCAGCUUAAUAGGCUUGACUGCCCAACUAAAAGACGUCAUGGUGCCAUAAAGUGGUAUCCGAUGCAGCUGUGUACGGCCACUUCUCUGAACUUCUGAGAGUAACCCUAACCAUAUAUAAACAGGGUUAUGUGUCUGUCAGACAAUAUUACUACUUAAUUAUUGACUUUUCAGAAAACAGAAGUAUGUAGAUUAUGUUUGAACAUUGAGCAGAAACACACAUGAGCUGUCAAAGUACAGGUGCUUCACUCUCCAGCAUUGUACAGCUGCAGGCCCCUUUGCAAGACCUUGUCCUGCAUUAACAUCAAUUACUUAACCUUGAUUUAGUGGAGGCCCUGCCCUGCUGGGCCACUUGCUCCAUUACUUAUCCCAGAACAGGGAACCGUUGUGUUCCAACUCUCCAUCCUAAUAGUGAUCUUGAUGUCUCUAUCCGAUUCACUCUUAUCAGCUGUUGGUGAUACAGAACACCACCUUGGGUAAAAGAGGCCUAGCAAUGAAUAAUUGACACGCCAGUGGCCAUUAAGAGCAUCAGGCUGAAGGGAAGUGGUCAUGUGAUGGGUGGAAAGGAUUUUUGUCGCAUCACAUUAAAAAAAGAAAACUGUGUGUGAUGACAGGAAACUGUGUGUGUG